AUGGUACUUGAGGUCCCAACCAUAGACGACAACAUUUCGCUACAACGUGAAAAAGACAAAGACAAUCAACCUGACCAAACAGAUGAGCAGGAAUCCAAAACGACACAGGAGGCGAAACUGCUGGAUGUUCCCAAGGCCUUCGUUUGCUCCAUCACAAACGAAAUAAUGAAAGACCCAGUCGUCGGCUCUGAUGGAAAGUCCUACGAGAAGACUGCUGAGGCUGCAACCGAUGGAGAGUUCUACCCAAAUCGGGUUCUAAAGGCAUGCAUUCAGCAGAAAGAAUGCUUUAGUGCUCUCAAGGCUUGCAUUGGCGAUCUGCAACAAAAGGCACGCGAGGACAAGAAGAGCCGCAAAUCCAUUCGACAAUCCUUACGGGGCUUUCGUCGAUCUGGCAGGUCUCCUAUCUUUCAAUCCCUACGAAGCAUCGAGCAAGCCUUUUCGUCACGAGGGAUUGCAUCGCUUCCAGAUGAAUUUUACUGCCCCAUUACCCAUGGGCUCAUGUGCCAGCCAACCAUUGACCCCGAUGGAAACACCUAUGAGAAAGAUGCCAUUGUUGCGUGGAUCGAGGAACAUGGUACCAGCCCCGUGACGCGUCGACCUCUAUCUAUCGACGACCUGUACGACAACACUGCCCUCGUGGAGUUGAUGAAGGAGAUAUUCGGCAUGACGGCAAUCCAGGACGCGCAGUCGUCCAUUCGCCAAUGGAAGAACAUGAUUCCAUCCAAAUCCAAAUCCAAGCGCUCUAUGCGAGGAUGGACUCGCCGCCGCAGCAACAACGGCCAAAGAACCAACAGUGGCUCUUGGCGUCACCGGGGUUACCGCCUUGCUAUAUUGGCUCUAAUUGUUGUCGUGAUGGUACUUGUUUAA